UCCGGUGCCCACUGGAGUGUGUGCGGGCGGCCGGCAUUCCUUCCCCAACCUUCCGACUUGCCAGUCACAAGCGGAGAUCAUUAACACAUGCCCUGCACGGAGCGCGAUCCCGAGGGCACCGGCUGAGUUCUGAAGCCCGGAAAGACACGGCCGACCACCAUGCAGCCCGCCCGCCCGGGACCUUCCUGGACCAAGACGUGGCCGCCCACGGGGCCGAGUUUCACCUCGCUGCUCUCAAGGACUGGAGUCGCGGGCACGAUGCUCUGCCAGGCCAUGAGUCCAGACCCGACCUGUAAAGAAAAUGAAACGUGUGAGAGCCAUGAUGACCAACUCCUCAGUGACUGGUACAUCUGGUGCCUCAUGCUGCUCCUUCUGAUCAUCAUCAUCUGCUGCUCCGUCCUGAUCUGCCUCCGGUAUUGGCUGAAAAGGUCCCAUCUUUGUUCCCCUGGACGCACUGUGGCUGUGUUUUCAGUCAAUGACGUCGACUUCAUUUCAGGAAGAGAAGCGGUCACAGGUCCAACAGCAAGCGUUGACCUCCAUUCUCCACACCCUGAGCUGUACCCUGUAUCACAUCCUGUCCCUUUGGGCCCCCCACCUUCGUAUGAAGAUUCCCAGAAGACAAGCAGAUUGUAAUCUAUAGUUUCUUCUAUAAAGACCAAAAGUCAUUAUCUCCCCCCCCCCCAUCACCUGCCCAUUGAAAGACCCAUCUUCCAUUUUUCUGACUUUUUAGAACAGACUUCAAGAAGGGAUGAGAUCAUGGACAACUAUUUUAUUUUCAAAGUGAUUCUACAUGACCCAAAGGAUGAUAAAGAAAAAAAGAAUCAGUUCCCAGCAAUGUGCUAAUCCCAAAGCAAGACUAGUGUUGCCCUUAGUUCUAUCAGGGGAAAGAUCAUAUGCAUAGAUUAGUAGAGACAAAAUGAAAGGGCAUCUAGUACCCUUUGAACUGAGCUUUGAAGGAAAUCUCAGAUUUCAAGAAGUUCAGGUAAAGAGGUAGGAGAAACUGCCUGUUCAAGAGAGAUGGACGUGUUAUUUAUGGGGAAAAAUGGGGAAAAUGCUAAUUUAGCUGGAUCCAAGAGAGUAAUUGUAUAAUAAGUUUGGCAAAGCAAGCUGGAAUCAAGAAUGGGAAGCAGGGCAGAAGGGGUGACUCUUAGUUCAGAGAAUGGACAGACUUGUCCCAUGACAGUAUAGUUGUCUGAAAAGCAAACCCAAACAAACAUGAAGCAUUGUUAUUUUUAUAAAUUGGAGCCUAUCAAUAAUAAAGUUUCUUCAUAUAAGAAACUCAGAAAA